AUGACAUCCUUGUCAGAGCUUUAUUUGAACGGGACUGACGUAAAAGAACUACCAUCAUCAAUCAAGCAUCUGACUGGCCUUACUUUAUUGAAUCUUAAAGACUGCAGUGCCCUUUCCAGUUUUUCUGAUGUCAUUUGUAGUUUAACAUCUCUUGAAAUUCUUACUCUAUCGGGAUGCAGGGGUCAACGGCCAAAAGCAUCGCAUUUGCUUGGGUUCUUGCCCAAUGUAUCCUCAAUUGAUGGAGCACUUCCUGAUGAUCUUAGUUGCUUUUCCUCACUGCAGUCUCUGAAUCUGAGUAAAAACAAUUUUACAUGCUUGCCUGAUAGCGUUUCUCAUCUUUCUAAGCUUAAACUUCUUUGCUUGGAUGAUUGUAGCGAGCUUCAGUCCUUGCCAUAUCUUCCAUCAAGAUUCACUAUUAUUAAUUGCCUCAGCUUGCUUGAGGUUGAAGAAAACAAAAUUACUGAGGUUUCUUUGCUGGACAGCAUGCUCAAGGAUGAGGUAACUGAGGGUUCUUCGCUGGAUAUACAGUUCCAGCCAUUGUGGCAAAGAUACAUUGAGGAUCAAAUUCGUGAAAGUGAAGGAUUUUACAGCGUUUUACAUCAAAUUGAAAUUCCAGAGUGGCUCAAAAAUCAGUAUUGUGGGUCAUCUAUAGCAAUCCCGCUACAUCAGUAUGAUGUUAGUUGGAGGGGAAUCGCCCUAUGUGUUGAUUUUGAGGUCCACAAUUCAAAAGAGGUUUCUUCUGGUCCGGAUGUAAAAUAUAUUCAUGAGUUUAUUUGUCAUUUGGACAUGGACGGUGGUCCUAAAGAUCGUCCUCUAGUCUAUAUGGUCCCUAGAGAAAAAAUCUAUGUUGGUUCAUUUGGACUUUGGCUAUACAUAUCGCAUGCGAGGAUUAGAGAACUAUUAGAUGAACGUAAUUGCAUUAGGCCAUUGAUUGUAACCAAUAGCCUAGAUAUUGAGAUUAAAGGGUGUGGUGCACGUAUACUCUAUGAGCCUGAUGUGGCAGGAUUUGUACGACACCUAGGCCAUAAAAUUUUUAGGAGCACUGAUGCCCUCCGUCAAGGUAGUGAAGAUUUCAUAAAAUGUCAUUUGGGCAAUUCCCUAAGUCAUGAUAACGAGGUGGAAUCCACUCAGUCCAAUGCCCUAAUUGACCUGAACCCCAGGCUGAGAAGUGCCCUCAAGUCAAUGCUUUCAAGGUUUUAUGAGGGAGAAGCACAACACCACUGCUAUGAUUAUAUCUUUCCAGAAGUUGCAGUUCCCCAAGCCUGGUUCAGUUAUCGAAAUUUGGGGUCCUACAUAAAAAUGGAGUUGCCACCAAACUUGCAUAAUAAUUCGACAUGGAUAGGGUUAACUAUAUUUGCCUUUUAUACUGUGGACAAGCAAUGAGUUGGUUCAAGUUACAA